AUAUAAUUCCCAAACCCUGUCUUCUUCUCCAUUCUUUUCUUCCCAUGCUCUGUUUUUACCACCACUAGAGACAACCCUCCAAAAGGAAGAAGAAAACAGGCAAGGAAGGAUGUUUAGCCAGACGCCUUCCUUCAUCAAGGUCUUGGUUGGGUGUUUCUCCAUGAAGCUGAGGAUUCCAGAUUCAUUCAUCGACGCGUUCGGCCAAGAUCUGGACGGCAAAGUGACCUUGAAGCCCAAUGCAGGGACUCCUGCGGUUGUCUCCGUGGAGUGGGGAAGCAGGGGAUGUUUCUUCGGAACUGGAUGGCCGUCGUUUCUCCAGGAGAAUGGUCUCCACGAAGGCGACUACCUGGUUUUCAACUUCACUGGCAGCGAAACCAGUCGAUGUCGUCAUUUACGACCCGACUGGCUGCGUCAAGAGAAAUUCUAGAGUUCAGACCAGCGAGCCUUGUCCAAGUUCUGCGAGGAAUCGCGAAACAGAGCCAUCCCCUGAAAACCCCAGAAACGGAAUGGGGAAAGAGGGGAGAAGAGAAGCUAAAACCCGUGGGUCUUGCCGCAUGCCAGAAAGGAAUCUCAGAACAGAGCAACUCCCCCAAACCAGAAAACGAAUGGCGAAAGGUUCAGAGUUGAACCCACAAGAAGCUCCAAUCAAGACAGAGCCAGAAGAAGGGUAUUUUUCUGGCGAUGCUUCUCAAGGUUUGGAUGUUUGCUUCCGAGUAGUUUACAAGAAGUACAUGGAAUUCAAUGUGUGCAUCCCACUGAGAUUUUGUACAAUCGCUCGGCUGGAUAUGAAGGACAGUGUUCAACUUCAGGAUCCAAGCGGCAGAGUUUGGCCAGUUUCACUAAUAGCAGGAGGAGGCAGGAGGGGAUCAAGCAAACGAUUCGGUAGUGGCUGGCCUGCCUUUGCUGCUGCUAAUGCCGUGGCGUUUGGAGACAGAAUCGAUUUCCAUUACAAGCCUGAACUGGGUGUCUUCCAGGUAAAGAUACACAAGCCAAACCGUAAUACUUGCAACAAUUCUGAUUCUGGGAAGCGGCAAUGGAAGAGAUCUGAUGGUGGAAAUUCUGAAAGGAGCAAGCUUUGGGAAAGUUAUGGAUGGAACUCCGAAACAGAGAAAUUGCCCAAACCCAGAAAAGUUUUACAGAGGAAACGAGGAGCUCCAACUAAGACACAGUUCAGAAAAGGUCAUUCUUCUGGCAACAACGCUUCUCCAGGUUUGGCUGAUUCCUACCAAGCCGUUUACAAGAAGCACAUGAAACGCUCUAAUUACAUGUGCAUGCCGGUGAGAUUUUCUGAAGCCACGAAGCUGUCACAGAGGGAAACUGCUCAACUUGAGGACCCAAGAGGGAAAGUGUGGACGGUUUCUGUAAUCUCAGUAGGGAAUGGCAGGCAGAGACGGUUCAGUCGUGGCUGGCAGGCCUUGGCCGCAGCUAAUGGCUUGGCUGUUGGAGACGGAAUCGAGUUCACUUACAAGCCUGAUUUGGAUUUGAUCCAGGUCAAGAUACAUAAACGAGGGUGCAAUGCUGGAAACGAUUCUGAAACCUGAAGUUGGGGAGGAAGAGGUAAUGGAAGAGAAGUGGGCAAGUGGUGUGGUAAAGCUUUUAGAUUGAAAAGAGGUAGCGCCUAGGGCUAGGAAUUGCAGUCUUUUUUACUGGUAGGGGUUUCAGUUUGUCAUUAAGGUAAAGAACAGCAUGAUGAAAUUGCAGAUGGGGUUUCAGUUUGUCAUUUCACUUUGUUUGAUUUCAGACCCUCAGUAAUGGAAGUUACUUCCCCUUGGUAAAAUGUGGUGGUGGUAAAAAGUGAGGUUAAAAGUUCAAAGUUUUGACAUCUCAAAAUGGCUACAAUACAAGUAAUGAAUAGCUCAUAGUGAGAAGGGUUUCAAGAAUUCACAGCCCAGACCCAGAGUAUUAAAACCGAAACUUGCAGGACUAAAAGACAGCACCCACUCCCAAGCUUCCUUAGCGGACUAGUACGUACUAGCACUAUGGAAUCAAACAGAGAGAUAAAGGUUACCAAUGCUCAACCUCGCAGAGCUAGAGCUCUACCUUUGAGUUAGUAUGCUUUCAUUGUCGUCAUGGUAUUGUAGAUUUGUAGUAUACGUUGUUAUUGAUGACUGAAUCUGUCUUA